AUGGCGACUACAAUGGCAGCAAACAACGGACCCUGCCAUUUCUUCCGUCUGUCGGCGGAGCUGCGCAAUCAGAUUUACAGAGAUGUUCUGGUGGAGAAAGAACAGAUCAACAUCGACACCCGCGGUCGACCAGGCAUGUCCACCAACGUCUUUGCCCAGCCCGGAUUCCUACAAACUUGUCUCCAGAUUCAAUCAGAAGCAAGCUCCAUCUACUAUGGCGAGAACCGCUUCGUGGUGCGGGUACCCAACCUCGACGUGAGCGGCCUCAAGGCAUUUUGCAGACGAGCAGUAGCAUGUGGGCAGAGCAAGUACCAUUUGAAAGUCUACCGGUGUGGAAGAGGGAUGGGCUGGUCCAACAUGAUCGAGUGGUUACAAGCGUACCAUGCUGGGCUGGUGCCCUGCUGCGAUUGUGACAAUAGCACUUUGUCCAUCGCGGAUGCGUGCGUACCAUCCAAGGUAUUUGAGCUCGUCGACGAGCUGGACCCAGACAGACAGAUGGCGUGGGACAAGGUGGAACGUAUCUUGAAUGUGGUAAGGGAUAUUCUCGAUGUCGGGUGGACGUAUGAAGGGGCCGGGCUACGCCGUUAUUACGGGAUAUAA